AUGGCCAAAUCUAUGGAUGCCAUCUCGAGUUUUCAACAUAUAGUGGACAGUGUUCCGGACUGGAAGUUGCAGCUUGUGGAAUUGUUGGCCCAUGCUACACUGAAACAUGAAGAGUUCGUGGCAGAAUACUCCAAGCUUUUACAUCGAAUCAAACACAAGAAAGAGAAACCAGCCUCAAUAGCCUCAAUUCAGAGUGACGAUGAGCAAGAAGACCACCCUGUGAUGAGCUCGGAGCUGCGGAAGUCACCACGGCCAUCCGAACUAGUUGAAACAAAAUCUCUCGAGGUAGGCACCGGCCUCAUAUAUGCCCAAGCACGAAUCAAGAGAAAGUCUCGCACAUCCAUUCGCUCCCACCCUUCUGUGCCUCGAAACAUUCUUCGCAAGCAGAUGGUCGUGAUCUAUUACGACUCCCAUAUCCAGUCAGAGCUCGACAAAAUCGUCAAAGCCCUAGGCGCUGCACGGAACAAUCUUCGGAAAGGAAAGAACGCCUACACUGUCGCCAAAGGUUGCCCUUUAGCUGGCUUUAGUCGGAGGUACGAAAGCCUGGACAACCUCAGCCACAGCACGCCCUCGAGACCGACUCCACGCUUGUCAAAGGCACAAAGUGAUACCACUGUUCUUUCCACAACAGAUACAACCGAUCUAGCAUUUACGAAUACAGACAAAGAGCUCGAAGUUAUUCAGUCAUUGUGUGAGACCGCCGCACAUCAGAUGCUUCGCGAUGGACAUUGCAAGACUGAAUUGACUGAUGCUCGUGAUAAACUCGACAUCUUGCUCGCCCUGGCUAAAUCUACGUUGCAGGUACUCGAAGGUGAAAAGCAUAACACAAGUGACGAACAGACACAGUCUCCGAGGGGUUCUAGCACGAGUGCAAGCAUGUCUGUGCAGAGUACACUUUGCGAAAAACCAUCGGUAGAGGCAAUGUAUGAAAACAACAAAUACCUGGCACCACGAAUAACCUUGCUGGAUCAACACAAGCAGCGCUCACCACAUACUGUGAGGUCAGCCUCGGUCGUGCCCCUGGCAACGGAUGCCAUUGAGGUUGACGAUGACGAGGAUGAUGAUAGCUCAAUCGAGAUCGACCUCAAGCUUCCCACUUACAGGAUCAAUCGCAGGCUUGCCGCUUGA